AUGGCAUAUUAUCAACAACAAGUAAAUGAUCCUCUGAAUAUGCAAUUUUACCAGUCAAAUUAUUCAACAGCAAAUAGCGGUAACUUUGCUGGUUCAAUGGAUACUGGUUUUCAAGGUGUAUCAGGUACAAUGGGUGAGGGCCAAUUAACACCAGGUUUACUAGCUGCUUUUGGUACGAGUGGAUAUCCAGGAGAACCACCAUUAUUAGAAGAGUUGGGUAUAAACUUCAAUCAUAUUAAAGGUAAAACUUUGGUUGUAUUAAACCCAUUUAAUAAAAAUAUCCCGUCUGAUAUAAUGCAAGAUUCAGAUUUAGCGGGUCCUAUAAUUUUUAUAUUAUUGUUUGGUACUUUAUUAUUAUUAGCCGGUAAAGUACAAUUUGGUUAUAUAUACGGAGUUGGAUUAUUUGGAAUUAUAUCAUUACAUUAUUUAUUCAAAUUUAUGUCGAAUGAUAUUACAAUAGAUUUAAUUAGAAGUGCAUCGGUUAUUGGUUAUUGUUUAUUACCAUUAGUUUUAAUAAGUAUAAUUGGAGUUGUAAUAUCAUUAGAUAAUGUAUUAGGUUAUAUAUUAAGUACAAUUGCAGUUUUAUGGUGUACUUAUUCAGCAAGUGGAUUUUUUGUAAGUGUAUUAAAACUACAUAAUGUUAGACCAUUAAUUGCUUAUCCAUUAUGUAUGUUCUAUACUGUUUUUGCAUUAAUGGCUAUAUUUGUUGAAAAGACUGAAAUAUAG